AGCGUUGUCAGCACAUUGGUAUAAUUAUUUGAAUAUGAAAUGAAACUCUGUCUCCUCUUUCAUUCAUUCAGGCUUGGUAUUAUGUUAGCUAAGAUCGAUCGAAACGAACCUCUUCUUGUUUUUCUCAAUCGUCGUCUCUGCAAACCCUAGCUUUUCACUCUCUCUGCGCUUCGCAUUUUCGAACCCUAAGCAUGGCUUCCGGAUCAUCGGUUCGUAACGACUACUCUGCUGCGAACGGGUUCGAUUUCGCCACCACCGAUGACAUUCUCUACUCGUACGAGGACUACGGCAAUCAGAAUAAUUCUAAUGGAAGUCACUCCGAUUCCGCGAUCGGAUCCAAUUCUGCCAAGCAAAUGGAAUACCAGGAAGUCUCCAGUUUGAGAAAAGAUCAUCGUGAAGUUGAGAUGACAGUAGCAUUUGAAGAAAAUAGUGAUCCUCCUUUGCCGCUACAUUGCAAUCAUGUUUGUGCAUUCUCAACAAAAGAGUAUGAUAAUUUAGCGUCAAACCAACGAUCAAAAUCGAUAGUGAAACUAUGCGGGCUUAUAAUUUUCUAUAUAAUUAUUAUGGCAGUUGAGGUAGUAGGAGGCAUAAAGGCCAACAGCCUUGCAAUUCUUACAGAUGCAGCACACUUGCUGACUGACAUUGCCGGAAUCUCUCUGCUUUGAUUUCGAUGUUUGGCUUCAAGUUGGGAUGCCACUUCACACCAGUCUUUUGGAUUCAAUCGUCUUGAAGUCCUCGGGGCCCUUAUAUCUGUACAACUAAUUUGGCUCAUCUGUGGGGUGUUAAUUUACGAAGCAGUUGACAGAAUUCUUCAUAAAAAUGCAACAGUUAAUGGGAAGCUCAUGUUUGCAAUUGCUGCACUCGGUUUUGUGAUCAACUUCAUUAUGGCCGUAUGGCUCGGUCACGGACACGGUCACGGUCACGCUAAUUCUCAUUGUCAUUCUCAUUCUAAUUCUCAUCAUGCUUGCACAGAUACAGAUCAUGAGAAGGAAGAAUUAUGCACAAGGGACAAAGAAGAGAGUGCUAGUUUGGUUGCUAGUAUGCCAGAGAAGACCGAAAGACUGAACAUAAAUGUUCAAGGGGCUUACUUGCAUGUCAUGGCUGAUCUGAUUCAAUCAGUUGGGGUGAUGAUUGCCGGAUCGAUCAUAUGGGCGAAGCCCAAGUGGUUUGUAGUCGAUCUGGUUUGUACCCUCGUCUUUUCUAUUUUCGCUCUUGCUGCUACCAUACCAAUGCUUAGAGACAUUACUUGUAUAUUGAUGGAGAGGACACCAAGUGAGAUUAAUAUUGCUAGUCUUGAAAAUGGUCUUAAAUGUAUCAAAGGAGUUGAUGAUGUUCAUGACCUGCAUGUUUGGGCCAUCACAAUUGGUAAAACCGUAUUGACUUGCCAUGUAAUAGCUGAGGCUGGUGUAAACUCAAAUGAAAUCCUUGUCAGGAUUAAGGAUUACUGUGAAAAAACAUACGACAUUCAUCAUGUAACCAUACAAAUUGAACAGGAAAUAUAAACUCUAUAGUUUGUUUUCUUUCCUUUCGA